UGGGCGGAGUCAGCGUAGUGCUGCAGCUGUCCAUGGUUGUGUAGUGGGAGCCAGCGAGGGUCCGGGUACGUGCGAGAUGCAGCCAUAGUCACGCCAAACAGUCUCCACUCCUAACGUGCUGGGAUCGUUAUUUUUGCAGCGCACCAGAGCCGACUGAAAGCCCGUAGACGCGAGGCAUCAUGGCUGAGCAUCAGAGGCAACGCUCUCUGUCCACCGCUGGAGAGUCUCUCUACCACGUUCUGGGAGUUGACAAAGUGGCCACAACGGAUGAUAUCAAGAGAUCUUACAGGAAACUCGCGCUGAAAUUCCACCCUGACAAGAAUCCCGACAAUCCAGAGGCAGCAGACAAGUUCAAGGAGAUAAACAACGCUCACGCCAUUCUGAACGACCCCACAAAGCGCAACAUUUACGACAAGUACGGUUCUCUGGGUCUGUAUGUGGCUGAGCAGUUUGGAGAAGAGAACGUCAACACGUACUUUGUCCUUUCCAGCUGGUGGGCAAAGGCGCUGUUCGUGUUCUGCGGCCUGGCCACUGGCUGCUACUUCUGCUGCUGCCUGUGUUGCUGCUGUAACUGCUGCUGUGGAAGAUGUAAACCACGACCCCGGGAGGGCCAGGAUCAGGACUUCUACGUCUCCCCCGAGGACCUGGAGGCUCAGCUGCAGUCCGACGAGAGAGUUACUGUUUGUCAAACAGAGGCUGGGGGUGACCCUAUAGUUCUGCAACCUUCAGCAACAGAGACGACUCAGUUAACAUCGGAUGGGCACCACUCCUACCACACUGACACCGGCUUCAACUAAUGCUCCGUUUCCACCAAUCCUGGCCUGCGGCCCUGCCUGCUUCCCUGCUCCACCUCCAUGAGAUGAAAGAAGGGGCUGAUCCAUCUUUCCGCUUCCAAACAGCCUCCAUGUGGAGAGGGACUAGUAAGCAUGGCCCAUGAAAGGAACUAAUCCCUUCCACCCCUCCCUGAUUGGUCCACCACUUAUUUCCCCUAGUAUGAGAAAAAAUAGAAACUAUUAAUUUAUUUCCCUAUUUCUUCUUUUGUAUCUCUUGGCCUUUAACCACACAGGUCGCCUGCCCCGCUCCCCCUCUCCCAUAUUUUGCAUCAUGAUCUAGCAUGCACUGUUCAUAAAACGUGGUCUCUGAAAUGUCCUCCUCUCCACAUUGUUACUUUGCAUAAGUAUGUGCGCGUGUUCAUAUAAAUAUGGUUCACUAGGAGGGGCUGAAGUUUACAUGAUGUUUAAUGCAGAAAGACAGCAGAGCCAUGGCUCAGGGAGGUGCUGAGUAAAGAUGCAUUUGUUGGGUGAUGGUGUCAAUAAACCCUGAAGAAGAGAGUGAUCAUAUAUUGGAACCGUUUUUAUUUUCUGGUUUGCAAAUACCACCGGCCGUCAUCUUGUGUCUUUGGCACUGUGUCCAUCUUUAAUGUGCUCCCUGAGUGUUUAAUGUGCACCAAGAAGGUGGUUAAGGCGCAGAGCUUUAUUUUCAUAAAUGCCUACUGAUGUAACAGUUUGACGUUAAUUUUUAAUCAUUAUUGGCUUUUUCUUUCUUCUGCCAUACAGUUUUAUUUCAGCUCAUCCUUGUAAAACACAAACUACUUCUCCUCUCUUCUCAGCAGCACUGAAUCGGUUGCCAUGACAGUUAGUCUCAAUGUAACUCAUAAUUUCUGAAGUGAUACUUUUCAUCCUAGGCAGUUUUUUUCAUAUCAGCAGCUGUAUACAAUUUAUUAGAAGAAGUUUAUAAUUUGACUCAUAAAUUCACAACAUUGAUAGUUAAUAUUUAGGAGAAUUUGUUUGAUUUGUAUUCAUUUUAUUUGAGUGUCUCAGUUAUAGGAACUGUAUCCUGAGCUGCUGUUGUCUUUUUCCUUUUCUACUCCUAUUUAUGCUUUACUAUAUUUUUAAACAUACCAUAUUGAGACUGAGGAACAUUCAUUUGAUGUAAUUAUUGCUGUAAUGUUGACUGAUUUUGUGCUAUAUGAAGCCAAGGAGCUGCAGGUUUUCCUGUUACCUCUGAUCAGAGAUUUUAGAAGGUAGAAACAGCAGAUCUCUGUCAUCAGCAACCCAGGUUCAGAGCGUGAUACGUUUUUAACUUUAAGCUGUGUUGAAUAUGUUAAAUAGUUAAUGUGAUGUGCAUAAAAAAACAAGAGUUACUUUGAGAAUUAAAUCAUACUUUAGAAGAUCCACAUGGGGAUGUGCUAGCGUAAGGAGGAAGGGUAAUUUCAUCCUGUUCUUUGUGUUCUUGUGUUUCGAGCGAAGUCUGACAACUCUCACUAUUUGUCCAAUGCUGUGAUCGUUUAUCAUUGUUGACUUUUUUUUGAACCGAUGUAGAGUAAGAAACUCAUAGACAAAUCUUAUAUGUGAGCCAAUACUACAGGCAGCACAGAGUAAAAUAACUCUAGGUUUUCAUACUUAUGGAAUCUUCAUAUAUUGCCACACAUUUGCAAGAUGCCAUAAAUUGCCAUGAACAGUUUUGUUCCACUCUGUCAGUUUCAUAACUACUCAUAAUAUGUUAAAAAAGGUUUACAGUGGUGAGCUCCUGUUGCCCACCCCAGCUAUUAAAAGUAUGGAUGUUGACCUCUGUGGCCCUUGUAUGACGUUUCCUGUAAUCCUUGAUGAAACCUAGAUGUACCUGUCAUGGCUUUUUCAUUGAAAUACUGAAAAAUGCUAUUGUAAAUGUUCUAAGUUGAAUGCAUUGUGUUUAAAAAAUAUAUAUAUAAUGGAUCAAUGAUCAGGAAAUGAUGGAAAAUCAUAGUGUAACUAUAGUGAAAUGGUUAUAUGAUGCAUUUUUGGAGUUUAAUUUAUUUCAUACUUUGUCUUGAUUCAAAUGAUGAUUGGCUUUAAUUUUACCUGGUAUGGUGUUGUAUUGUAACCAUUAACUUUUGCAAGGAAUGGUCUACUGGUUACGGUUGCUUGUACAUACACUCAGCCCAUAUAAAGUAUAAACCUUAAAAUUUAUGUUGUAGCAUGGUAAAUGUGUGUCUGGACGAAAACAAGUGGAUCAUUGAUCUGAUUAGCUGUUGUUGAAUAAAUGUUCCUGAACAUUU